AUGGGCGAGGACUCUGAGAAGCUUGGAGAAGAGAAUAGAACCAUGUUGCAAGCAGGAGAAGUGCGCAGAAGGCAGGGAGAGGACAGCGAAGAGGAAAGAUCGCACGCCUCAAGGUAUCCGCUCGCGUGGAGUGCCUGCUCUUCGAGCAUCUGAUUAUGAUAUAGUGGAAUUCUGAUGGGCGAGGACUCUGAGAAGCUUGGAGAAGAGAAUAGAACAACGUUGCAAGCAGGAGAAGUGCGCAGAAGGCAGGGAGAGGACGGCGAAGAGGAAAGAUCGCACGCCUCAAGGUAUCCGCUCGCGUGGAGUGCCUGCUCUUCGAGCAUCUGAUUAUGAUAUAGUGGAAUUCUGAUGGGCGAGGACUCUGAGAAGCCUGGAGAAGAGAAUAGAAGAAUGAUGGAAGCAGGAGAAGUGCGCAGAAGGCAGGGAGAGGACGGCGAAGAGGAAAGAUCGCACGCCUCAAGGUAUCCGCUCGCGUGGAGUGCCUGCUCUUCGAGCAUCCGAUGAUGAUAUAGUUUAAUUAUAAUGGGCAAAGACUCUGAGAAGCCUGGAGAAGCGAAUAGAACCAUGCUCCAAGCAGCAGCAGCGCGUAGAACGCAGGGAGAGGACGGCGAAGUGGAAAGAUCGCACGCCUCAAGGUAUCCGCUCGCGUGGAGUGCCUGCUCUUCGAGCAUCUGAUUAUGAUAUAGUGGAAUUCUGAUGGGCGAGGACUCUGAGAAGCCUGGAGAAGAGAAUAGAAGAAUGAUGGAAGCAGGAGAAGUGCGCAGAAGGCAGGGAGAGAACGGCGAAGAGGAAAGAUCGCACGCCUCAAGGUAUCCGCUCGCGUGGAGUGCCUACUCUUCGAGCAUCCGAUUAUGAUAUAGUGGAAUUCUGAUGGGCGAGGACUCUGAGAAGCCUGGAGAAGAGAAUAGAAGAAUGAUGGAAGCAGGAGAAGUGCGCAGAAGGCAGGGAGAGGACAGCGAAGAGGAAAGAUCGCACGCCUCAAGGUAUCCGCUCGCGUGGAGUGCCUGCUCUUCGAGCAUCUGAUUAUGAUAUAGUGGAAUUCUGGUGGGCGAGGACUUUGAGAAGCUUGGAGAAGAGAAUAGAACAACGUUGCAAGCAGGAGAAGUGCGCAGAAGGCAGGGAGAGGACGGCGAAGAGGAAAGAUCGCACGCCUCAAGGUAUCCGCUCGCGUGGAGUGCCUGCUCUUCGAGCAUCUGAUUAUGAUAUAGUGGAAUUCUGAUGGGCGAGGACUCUGAGAAGCCUGGAGAAGAGAAUAGAACCAUGCUGCAAGCAGCAGCAGCGCGCAGAAGGCAGGGAGAGGACGGCGAAGAGGAAAGAUCGCACGCCUCAAGGUAUCCGCUCGCGUGGAGUGCCUGCUCUUCGAGCAUCUGAUUAUGAUAUAGUGGAAUUCUGAUGGGCGAGGACUCUGAGAAGCCUGGAGAAGAGAAUAGAACCAUGCUGCAAGCAGCAGCAGCGCGCAGAAGGCAGGGAGAGGACGGCGAAGAGGAAAGAUCGCACGCCUCAAGGUAUCCGCUCGCGUGGAGUGCCUGCUCUUCGAGCAUCUGAUUAUGAUAUAGUGGAAUUCUGAUGGGCGAGGACUCUGAGAAGCCUGGAGAAGAGAAUAGAAGAAUGAUGGAAGCAGGAGAAGUGCGCAGAAAGCAGGGAGAGGACGGCGAAGAGGAAAGAUCGCACGCCUCAAGGUAUCCGCUCGCGUGGAGUGCCUGCUCUUCGAGCAUCUGAUUAUGAUAUAGUGGAAUUCUGAUGGGCGAGGACUCUGAGAAGCCUGGAGAAGAGAAUAGAAGAAUGAUGGAAGCAGGAGAAGUGCGCAGAAAGCAGGGAGAGGACGGCGAAGAGGAAAGAUCGCACGCCUCAAGGUAUCCGCUCGCGUGGAGUGCCUGCUCUUCGAGCAUCUGAUUAUGAUAUAGUGGAAUUCUGAUGGGCGAGGACUCUGAGAAGCCUGGAGAAGAGAAUAGAAGAAUGAUGGAAGCAGGAGAAGUGCGCAGAAAGCAGGGAGAGGACGGCGAAGAGGAAAGAUCGCACGCCUCAAGGUAUCCGCUCGCGUGGAGUGCCUGCUCUUCGAGCAUCUGAUUAUGAUAUAGUGGAAUUCUGAUGGGCGAGGACUCUGAGAAGCCUGGAGAAGAGAAUAGAAGAAUGAUGGAAGCAGGAGAAGUGCGCAGAAAGCAGGGAGAGGACGGCGAAGAGGAAAGAUCGCACGCCUCAAGGUAUCCGCUCGCGUGGAGUGCCUGCUCUUCGAGCAUCUGAUUAUGAUAUAGUGGAAUUCUGAUGGGCGAGGACUCUGAGAAGCCUGGAGAAGAGAAUAGAACCAUGUUGCAAGCAGCAGCCACUAGAAGCGAGCUGAGCCACUUGUGUGCGAUUGAUUCGCUUCGCCGUCCCCUCCGUGCCUUCUGCGCACUUCUCCUGUUUGCAACAUUGUUCUAUUCUCUUCUCCAAGCUUCUCAGAGUCCUCGCCCAUCAGAAUUCCACUAUAUCAUAAUCGGAUGCUCGAAGAACAGGCACUCCACGCGAGCGGAUACCACAGGCGUGCGAUCUUUCCUCUUCGCCGUCCUCUCCCUGCCUUCUGCGCACUUCUCCUGCUUCCAUCAUUCUUCUAUUCUCUUCUUCAGGCUUCUCAGAGUCCUUACCCAUUAGAGUUCCACUAUAUCAUAAUCGGAUGCUCAGAGAGCAAUCACUCCACGCGAGCGGAUACCACAGGCGUGCGAUCUUUCCACUUCGCCGUGCUCUCCCUGCUUUCUGCGCGCUGCUGCUGCUUCCAGCAUUCUUCUAUUCCCUUCUCCAAGCUUCUCAGAGUCCUCGCCUAUCAGAAUUCCACUAUAUCAUAAUCGGAUGCUCGAAGAGCAACCACUCCGGUGACAGUUCCAUGCUAUGUUCAAACAGCGAGAGAUUUCGCCGUGAAGAAGCUGAAUAAACUUUAUCGGGAUUCUGAAGAAGAAACCUUGUAUCCCAUUAAUUCAUUUUUAUGCUUUCAGGCUCUUUUACAUUAAUUCUCCUUUGAUUGUUAUUGAAAACUCUGUCAAAAUCCAACAAAAGCCACUUUCUGCUAAACAAGGCGCAGUACGAUGCUUCAAAAACCGGCGGGUGUCCGCCGGGCCUCCAAAACCGCUAGCUGAGAAACCGCUAGCUGAGGAUCGCCAAUUUUUCAAGUGCGUCAAGGCACCGGCAAGACGCCUUGUUGGCGUGUUUCUCGUGUUUUUGCCUAUUUUUGCCCAAAAUUUAGUGAGAAACUGCCUAUUUUCGCGCUUUUCAGUAUGUUUCCGAUGUUAAAUAUUUUCAUUUUCUUCCUAGUUUCACUUGUUGACAUAUUGUGUGCAGUUCAGCAUGUUAUUCAUCCGUCCAACCCCCGCUUUCCAUCGAUUCGGAGCCCCCUUCUCUCCCGUUCUGCUCUCUCCUGUUUACACUUUUGUUCUCCGCUUCUCCUCCAGUCCGAGUAGCGGACGCCACGUUUCUCCUUCCGCAACGCGUUGCAUCACUUUCCAUCAUGCUCAAAUAGUGUUUCGAAAUCCCGAAAUGACCUUCAUAUUUAGGGUUCGCGCAGCGUGUUCAUUCAAUUCCAGCAACUUCCUAUGGAAAACAGUCGAUGCGUUUGAAUUGUUUCCGGAUACUCUUUCUCAGUCAGACGACAAAGUAUCCCAUCAAAUUGUUCCCGUUCUCGCUAAAACGCUCGUUCUGUUUCGAAGCUUCUGACAAAUUUCAUUUCGUAAACGGUCACGUACGUAAUAUUCUAUAACACAUUUUGUGCGUGUUCUCUGGCUUAAUUUUUUCAUUCUUUCAGAAAAUGUCAAAAGUUACAACCGACAUGGCCCCCUGGCCCGCGUUCAUUGAGGAGAGAAUCAAGUUGUGGGACAAGCUGAAGGCUGAGUAUGACGCCGGCAUUGCCGCCAAGGAGUCCGAACCGAUUGAGAUUACCCUGCCGGACGGAAAGAUUCAUGAAGGAAAGUCGUGGCGUACUACUCCAUUCGAGAUUGCUGAGAGAAUCUCGAAAGGUCUUGCUGAAGCUGCCGUCAUCUCGAAAGUGAAUGGAGCUGUCUGGGACUUGGAUCGUCCAUUUGAAGGAAGCGCCGCUUUGGAGCUUUUGAAGUUUGACGACGACGAGGCGAAACAGGUUUUCUGGCACUCGUCUGCUCACGUCCUUGGAGAAGCCAUGGAACGAUUUUGUGGCGGACAUCUCUGCUAUGGACCGCCCAUUCAGGAGGGAUUCUACUAUGAUAUGUGGCAUGAAAAUCGUACGAUUUCCCCAGAAGACUUCCCGAAAAUUGAUCAAAUCGUCAAGGCUGCCGUGAAGGACAAACAAAAGUUCGAACGUCUCGAGAUGACAAAAGAGAAUCUUCUGGAGAUGUUCAAGUACAACGAAUUCAAAGUCCGCAUCAUUAACGAAAAGAUCCACACCCCAACGACCACUGUCUAUCGGUGUGGUCCAUUGAUCGACUUGUGUCGUGGACCACAUGUUCGUCACACGGGAAAAGUGAAGGCGCUCGCCAUUACAAAGAACUCCUCGUCCUACUGGGAGGGAAAAGCCGAUGCUGAGUCGCUGCAGAGACUUUACGGAAUCUCGUUCCCUGAUCCGAAACAAUUGAAAGAGUGGCAGAAGCUGCAAGAAGAGGCUGCUAAGAGAGACCAUCGCAAGCUCGGCAAGGAACAGGAUCUGUUCUUUUUCCAUCAGCUAUCCCCUGGAUCCGCUUUCUGGUACCCGAAGGGAGCUCACAUUUACAACAAGUUGGUUGACUUCAUCAGAAAGCAAUACAGAAGAAGAGGAUUCACUGAGGUGAUCACUCCGAACAUGUACAACAAGAAACUUUGGGAGACAUCGGGACAUUGGCAACAUUACUCCGAAGACAUGUUCAAGAUUGAAGUGGAGAAGGAAGAAUUUGGUCUGAAGCCGAUGAACUGCCCGGGACACUGUCUGAUGUUCGGUCAUAUGCCCCACACCUACAACGAGCUGCCAUUCCGUUUCGCCGACUUUGGAGUUCUGCACAGAAACGAGAUGUCUGGCGCUCUCACCGGACUUACCCGUGUCCGUCGCUUCCAGCAAGACGAUGCUCAUAUCUUCUGCCGUAGAGAUCAAAUUUCGGAGGAGAUCAAGGUACUACCAACUCGUUUUUGAUUUUAAUUGCCAAUUGUUUCCAGCAAUGCCUUGAUUUCCUUGAGUACGCUUACGAGAAGGUCUUCGGUUUCACUUUCAAGCUGAACUUGUCGACAAGACCAGAAGGAUUUCUCGGAGAUAUCGAGACAUGGAACCAGGCGGAGGCUGAUCUUACCGAUGCUUUGAAUGCUACUGGAAGAAAAUGGGCGCUGAACCCAGGAGAUGGAGCAUUCUACGGACCAAAGAUUGACAUCACCAUCCAGGAUGCUCUCAAGAGAAACUUCCAAUGCGCAACCAUUCAACUUGACUUCCAACUGCCGAAUCAAUUUGACCUUUCGUAUUUCGAGUAAGUCGUGUCGAUCAGAACGUGUUUAAUAAAUGCAUUUUUCAGCGAUAAGGGAGAGAAGCAGAGACCAGUCAUGAUCCAUCGUGCAGUUCUCGGUUCCGUCGAGAGAAUGACCGCCAUUCUGACCGAGAGUUACGGAGGAAAAUGGCCAUUCUGGCUCUCACCAAGACAGGUGACACGAACUAGUCUCUAAUUGCGCAACCAAGUUUUGUCGAUUUCAGUGCAAGAUCAUCACUGUCCACGAGUCCGUCAGAGACUAUGCAAAUGAUGUCAAGAAUAAGAUCUUCGAAGCUGGAUUUGAGGUGGAAUAUGACGAACAUUGCGGAGACACCAUGAACAAGCAGGUAUGAAAGACAAUGUGUUUCCAGGAUAUGAAGUUCCGUUUUUAGGUUCGUAAUUCCCAGUUGGCACAGUUCAACUUCAUUCUUGUGAUCGGAGCCAAGGAAAAAGAGAACGGAACUGUCAAUGUCCGCACCAGAGACAACGCCGUGCGCGGAGAGAUUCCACUCGACAAACUGCUUUCGAAGUUCAGAAGAUUCGCCGAUGAGUACGUUGCUGACACCGAAAAGGCCGAGGAAUGGGCGUAA